GGUUGUUUGACAGUUACCAGUAGAGAAUGGAAACAUGGCGCACUGGACCCGCUUCGAAAGGGAGCAAGAGGCAGAUAUCAAGCGGCUGAUCUCCUGUCUGAGCGGGCUGCAUGACGAGCAGGACAACAACUUUCAGCUGGCCCUGCAGUUUGCAUGGUCUAACUUCAGGUGUAAUCAUUUAGCAGAACACAUAUCACUCUAAUAGUAACCCUCUCCAUAUAUUUAUCUGAGUGUAUCCCCACUGUAAGCCUGGCUAGCGGCAAUGCGGCUGGAGAUUGAUGCUCUUUAGCAGUAACUGGCGGUCAGUGCAACACUGUGAUGCUCCAGUUGUGUUCUGAGUUCCAAGGGAUGCUCUAGAAUAGAAGUAGAAUGCAGACACAACAGCCAGUGUGUCAAAAUGUAAUCAUCACUGAUUUCUCAGAAUUAAAUCACACAUUUAUGCUCUGCACACAUUCAUUGUUAAAAUCCUCACGCCGUUGGUCAUUCACGUAGAACCUAUAACUCAGUGUUUAGGUGAUAUGCUUUGUUUUCCUACAUCUACAUGGCUGCUUUAUUUUGGCUUGUGUUUAUGACCACUAUGGGAUCUCUCUGUAUUUCAGAAUCAUUGUAGUGACGAGUGUAGAAGUUUAAUAUAGCAUAAUAUACAUCACUAGUAUUACAUUUGGGGAAUGAGUGAUGAUAUCUAAAGAAAAGCACAAAAAGUACAUCUUGACUUAAAAUAAUUCUGUUCUCUUUUUUUUUUUUCUAUUGCCUACAUGGUUUUGUUUGAUAUUUUUUCUCCAUAUGGCUUUGAUUUAAUAUUGUUGGAUACGUUUUUCAGAGGAUUUAAUAUUUUUGGAUAAACAUUUGAAAUGUUUAAAUAUUUUAUGAAACUAUUUUAGUUUUGUAAUAUUUUGAAAUGUUUUUAUAUAUUGAUAUAUUUUUAAUAUUCUGAUAUUUUGAAAAGGUUAUCCAAAAAUAUGAAAUCAUUUGAAUAGCUUAACCAACAUUAUUAAAUUGUGGCCUAUAUUAGGCGCUGUUAUCUACGAUACUCUGUUAAUUUCAACGUUAACUUAUAUAUUUGUGUUUUACAGAUUUCAUCAAUAUCUUGAUGUUAAUAGCCACAAUGUUGACAGGACUUUGGAAGGGUAAUGUUUUAUAUUGUAUUAAAUUUGGUUAUUUUUACAACAGUCAGUUAUAAGAUUCUAUUCGCUAUCGUAUAUACUUAGAAUUGUCUGGAAUUCAAUGUGCAUUUGAAGUGAAUGUCAAAUUUAAGGCCAAAUGGCUGAAUUUUAAACUUUAUCCAAGUUAUUCUUUUUGCUACUUUGAUCUAAAAUUUCAAAUUCACUUUGCAUUCCUGAUAGUCUUCACUUUUGUGAAUAACGCUGCAUGUGUUGUGUUUUUAUUUACAUGUAGUAUAUAUGAGAAACUAGUAAUUCAUUCGGACUUGAGUAAAGCAGAAAGCUGGAAGAGACUGACAGAAGAAUUCCUAAACCUGCCUCUGCCAAACACUGAGGGAUCCAAGGUAUAUAUAGCCCUAUAAUGUCUACCCCAGCUGUGAAUUUUAGAUGAAUAGAGCAAAUGCUAAUUCAGAUAUACCUGAAAUUGCUUUAUGCAAACAGUCUAUAUUUUAUGCUUGGGUUAUCAUAAACAUAUGCAGCUCAUUUUAAGAUAUAUUUAUUCUUAGAUUUCAAUCUGGUUUCCAACCAAAUGUAUAAAUACUUUUCACACAGUAUACAUUCCAGUGCACUUUGUGUGCCAAACUCCUUGAAGCAGAAAAAUCGACUAAAACCUAGGAGAUUAUAUGCCAUGUACACCAUUUGUGGAUGGAUUUGUGGCAACUAUAUCAACAGCUCUCAUCCACUUCUAGCAGGCAUCUUGAUGGAAAUGUACUCAAAAUGUAUUUUAUAAUGUAUCUGUGUGUUGCCAGAAAUUUGCCCAAACAAUAGAAUUUCAUUAUAUGUAAGCAGUGUGUAGCUUUUUUUGUGCUCUGGGUGAAGUGAUCCUGUUUUAGUCCUGCAAUGUAAAACCAUGCUGUUUUGUAGUUGUGGCAAUGUUUACAUUGCAGAGCUAAACAUACCUCUACCAUAUAAUUAUAUGACAUGAUAUAAAUAAUGGUAUGUAAACAUUGCCACAUCUACAAAACAGCACUGUUUACAUUGCGGAGCUAAACAUACCUCUAUUAUUUCCCUGUGGGAAGCAUUUGAUGUGAUGAGUGUGGCUUUCCCCUAAUGCUUCUCUAACCACUGGGUUAGACGAUAAGAGGAGACAGGGUGAAUGGUUGGCUGCACAGAGUGAGUCUCAGCUUUGGAAAAAGAGUACGUAAAAUUACUUCAGAAUAAAAUAUAUAUUAGAUUUAAGGGGGACCUGAAACUAAAUAGUGAGUACCACACUGUAGUGUUAGAAAUACAUGUCUAUUCGUAACACAAUAGGGUUCCUUUAAAAAUAAAAAAAUAAAAAAAAUUCACAUACAGGGAGGACCUAUAUAUAACUAGGGACAGGGACACUAAAGCGUUGGGAAUACAAAUAAAUACUUUAUUGUUCCUUUAAAUGCAAGUAGAUGUAAGUGACCUUUUUUUUUUUUUUUUUGACCGGGGGUGGGGAGGGGACAGGACUAAAUCUAACUUAGAUUUUCAGCUUUCUCAUACUGAAGGGUUACUUUAAAUGUUUCACAUGAGAUGCUUUAUUAUGGACUUUUAAAUCGUGCCUUCAGAAUUACAGUCUGUGAAAAUGAAAGGCAAUUCCUGCAUAAUCUGGGUGGAUCAAAGAAAACCUAUUGUUAUGAUUUAGCUGUUUCUGUACAUUAGACAAGUACGAACAGACAUCUGGGUAAUCUAGAAGCUCCAAGGGAUGUUCAUCCUUUUUAUUCCUACGAAGGACAAAGUUCUCCUUUCUGUAAACACAUAUUAGCGUUAUGUUAUCCACCACAAGUGAUCUGGCCACAUUUCAAAAUGUUGUAUGUCACUUGUGAUGUUUGAAACAAAGGUUGUUGAAAUUUACAGAAUAGAAGUUUUUCUGCUUUGGAGAAAUUGAGGUGGAGAUCUCUUACAAAUACCUCCCGGUAGUGCAUUGCUGAACAACUACAUGAACAUCCUUUAUCCUGUGGUUAUUAUUAUUAUUGCCAUUUAUAUAGCGCCAACAGAUUCAGUAGCACUUUACAAUAUUAUGAGAGUGGGAUUAAACUAUAAAUAGGACAAUUACAAGAAAACUUACAGGAACGAUAGGUUGAAGAGGACCGUGCUCAAACGAGCUUAUUGUCUGUAUGAAGUGGGGUAUAAAACGCAUUAGGACAGGAAAUGGCAAUCAAAUAAGGUGGGAGUGUUGCAGAGUUGGAGGAGAGAGUAGAGUGCUGCCCUUUAGGAGAGAGGAAUAGAAAUGUUUUCCAAUAAUAUACAGUAGGCUGAAGUUGAAUUCUGAAAAUGUUGCAUGUUGCCUAGGAGAUCUUGGGUAUACAUGGAUAUAUGAACCAAAUAAAAAAUACAUUUAAAGAGGGUGCAUACGAAUACUGAUAGAGAAAGAUUUGUUAGAAGGGGUUACACAUUUAGAAUACUUGUUUUUUUGUUUGUUUUUUUAGACUGGUGCACAUUAUGCUAUUUUGGCCCUCCUACUCACUUUGUCUGAUUCACCUUCUAACAAUGACUAUGUUGAAAAGGAAAGGAAAAAACAAACAGGUAAUCAGUAGAGCAUACAUGGUUGUGUUUGAACUAUAUAUAUAUAUAACGUUUACCAAUAUUUCACUAUCUAGAUGCCAUGAUGAUAAGAUACCAUUCACCACACCCGUCUCACGUAAACCGUUUUUAAAAUAUGUAUGUUUUGCACUUCACCCUGGUAUUUAUUAUUAUUGUGUUUUGUUUUCAAAUGCAUUCAUCCACUGGUAAAUAUGUUUACCCAGCAUUCACUCUCUUCUACACACACACACACACUCACUCACUCACUCACUCACUCACUCACUCUCUCUCUCUCUCCAGCUUGUGAUUGGGAGAGGGCCAACUCUCGAACUUCUGGCACUGACUACUUUGUUUAGCACAAAGAGUGGAAAACCUUAUUGUUAUUUAAAUAUAUAUUUUUAAAUAAUAUAAUUCAAGUUGAUGGAAAACUUUGACCAUAUCUCUGAAUUGGCAUACGCAUUGCAGUUAGGAAUACAUCCCAGGUAUUUGCAGACUACACUUCUGAUGAUGCUUAGCCAGCUAAAAUGUUUGAGGAUAACAAGAAUGUAAUUCACAAACAAAUGGAAUGCAAUGGGUAGCUUAUACAGUACUGAUAGAUGUGUGUAACUUUUUUUUUUUUAUAGAUAUUAACUGUUAACCAUUUGUAUUUUAGAAGAAAAGGAGCCAUUUGACUGGGGAAAAUAUCUAAGGGAAGGUGAAGAUUUUGGACUAAGUCCUGAUGCAGACACCCCAGUAUGUAUUGUUUAUAUAACCUAAACACCUGAUUGUCUUGGAGACAUGGAAUAUACCUUGUAAAAAUACAGUUAGGCCUGGAAAAAUUUGGACACUGAUACAAUUUUCCUAAUUUUGGUUCUGUACGCUACCACAAUGGAUUUAAAACAAAACAAGCAAGAUGAAAUUGAAGUGCAGACUUUUAGCUUUAAAUCAAGGGAUUAAACAAAAAUAUUGUAUGAAAUGUAUUUCUGGGACUCAAAUGUAACUAGACAAAUUAAAAAUCAUAAAUAAAAUUGUAAAUUUUUAAUACUUUGUCAAGAAUCCUUCGCAGACUUCUUGAAGUCUGGAAACUUCUGGAAAAUCACCAGAUGCUAGGUUUCCUCCCCUGUGAUGGUUUGCCCAUGAUGCCUUUAUUGCAGCUGUCUUUAGUUCUUGGUUGUUUGUGGGUCUUUCUGCUUUAAAGGGACACUAUUGGCACCCAGACCACUUCAGCUGAUUCAAGUGGUCUGGAUGCACUGUCCCAGGUCCCUUAACCCUGCAAAGGUAAUUACUGCAGUUUUUAAGAAACUGCAAUAAUUACCUUUCAGGGUUAACUCCACCUCUGUCUACCAGACAGCCAGUAGAGGGACUUCCAGGAUGUUAGGCGACUUUUGCAUGUUGGGUUAUGCAUGGUGACGUCAACAUCAUCCAAAACCCGAUAGGAAAGCAUGGUAUAAUUCUCUGCUAUGGGGAAUUCCUACUGCAAGCGCGACAAUGGCCGCGCAUGCACAUUAAGUCUCCCAUGCCGGCUUACGUCGGGAUGGGGGAGGAACGAAGGCGAACCUGAGCCAAUGCCAAGGGACAUCAGCGCUGGACACAGGUAAGCGGCAAGUGUUUUUUUUUUUUUUGUUUUUUUUUUGUUUUGUUUUUUUUAAACUCCUUCUGCUCCACAGGGAAGGGAUAGCUAUAGGUCCAGGAAAACAAGUUUGUUUUUCAGGCACUGUAGUUCCCUUUAAGUUACGUCUUCAGCAAGUGAAAUGCAUGCUCGAUCGGGUUAAGAUCAGAAGAUUGACUAGGCCAUUGCAGAAUAUUCCACUUCUUUGCCUUAAACGCCUGGGUUACUUUCACAGUAUGUUUGUCAUUGUCCAGUCUACUUCACUGAAUGUGGCUGAAUCUGAGCAGACAAGAUAUACACCAGAAUUCAUCUGGCUGUUUCUGUCUUCUGUUACAUCAUCAAUAAACACUAGUGACCCAGUGCCAUUGGGAUCCAUUCAUGCCCCUGCCAUCACACUCUCUCCACCAUGUUUUUCAGAUUAAGUGGCAUACUUUUUUGUUUCUUACCAUUAUUCUGGAACAGGUUAAUUAAUUUGCCCAAAGAAUGCUGUUCCAGAACUGGGCUGGCUUUUUUAGAUGUUUUUGGCAAAGUCUGAUCUGACCUCUGUAUUCUUAAGGCUUAUAAAUGAUAUGUACCUUGUGGUGAACUAUUUGUAUUUGCUCUUUUGAAGUCUUCUCAUUAUGGCAUACUUGGAUAAUGAUGUGCCUACUAAAUGGAGGGUGUGCUUCACUUGGCUCGAUGUUGUUAACAGGAUUUUGUUUACCAUGGAAAGGAUCCUACGAUCAUCCACCACUGUCGUUUUCUGUGGACAUCCAGGACUUUUUGUGUUGCAGAGCUUUCUUCUUUUUUUCACCUCAGAAUGUAUCAAACUGUUGAUUUGGCCGCUCCUAAUGUUUUUGCUAUUGCUGUGGUGUUUAAUUCUUUUUUUGCAGCCUAAUAAUGGUCUGUUUCACUUGCAUUGAGAUCACCUUUGACCGCAUCUUGUGGAUUCACAGCAACCACUUCCAAAUGCGAAUGCAACACAUGGAAUCAACUCCAGACCUGUUACCGGCUUAAUUGAUGAAAAAACAAAGGAAUAGCCCACGCCUGUCCAUCAAACCGUUUUUGAGUCAAUUGUACAAUUACUUUUGGUCCCUUGAAAAAGAAGGGGUUACAUAUUAAAGUGAUGUAAUUCCUAAACUCUUCCUCCAAUUUGGAUGUGAAUACCCUCAAAUUAAAGCUGAGAGACUGGCCAUAUCCAUUAUUUAACUGUAACUUGUAUUUAUUUUGGUAAACAGCAGAAAUAACAAAACUUGUGUCAUUGUUCAAAUAUUUCCAGACCUAACCGAAUAUGGCUGCUAUGCAGAUAACCUUACAAAGAUAUGAAUCCAUUUUCUUUAUUUUAAAUAUUUCCUUACCCUUUAAUUCAGUAUUGUCAUUUUGUGUUUAAUAUGAUAACUUGUUUGGAGCACUGGGAGUAUUAGAAUUGGGGUAUAUAUUGUACUUUAUUAUUUAUUUUACAAAUUUAAAUAUCAAAAUCUAUUGUAAGCUUCACUUUGUUUCCAUCUCUUUGUCUUUGCUCAGACAUUUCUCCCACAUUUUGUUUUGCCUUCUUAUUCAUUGUGCCUAUUCAUUUUCACAUGUGACCCACAUCUGUAUCUUAGAAUGCCAGUCCACUCGUCUCUCAAAAAUGUAAACCAGUGUAUAGGAUAUGACUGUAAGCUCAUUGUACACCUUGAUAUUUUUACAAUUAAAUAAUUUAUUUUGUUCUUGAGAUUGAGCAUGAUGAAAUGAGAAUGGGCUGAUUAUUUACAUGCUGUUCAUUGUCUCGUUACUGAGACAUCAUGAAUGGACUCUCCAUAUUGGUGCAAGUAUUGGUAAGCAUUUUUUUUUUUUUUAAUUCUUUAUUUUGGCGGUGCAUAGCAAGCAUAUGAUUCGUACAGUACAGGUGUAUCUGACCUAAGCAUUUUUUUGAAAUACAAUAACUGGAUAUAACAAUUUGAGCACAUCUGAGAGGAGUUGUGGGUGUUAGGUGUUUCAAGAGGGUAAGCCUUCAGGUGUUCCUGUGUGGUGGGUAGGAGAUAUGUUCGAGCUUCUGUGUUGAGGGCAGUAAUGGCAUAUUGUGUGUAUUCCUGUGGUGAGAUGUGUGAGUUCUCCUGGUGUGUGGGGUGUCUUUUGCCUAGUGGCUGAGAUAUUGGAUUGCGUGGGUGAGAUUCACUAGGCGCGCUACCAUAUUGCCUAAGGGGAGAUGUGCGUCCUCCUCGCUAUGUGAUACCCCUGACCAAGGGGGUAGCGGAGUGGGGAGGGGUGGUGAUGUGUCAGUAUGUGUCAAGACUCAUGUCUCUGCGGAUUCUAACGCUCUUGUAGGGCAGUAACUUGAACGUGUGUAGGAGAGAUAAAAGAAAAAAACAACCAAAUAUACAAAUGUAAGAUAUAACAGCUCUCAGUGAGUUUGCCCCAGGGACUUCUGCUCAAGUGCCAUGGCCGCGUGUAUUGGCUCAGUCCCCAAGUGUUGUCAGGUGUCAGCUGCCUGUGAGCCUCCGGCUCUCGGGACGAAGGGGGUGCUACAGGCAGGGUACCAAGUGUCCAUGGGGGUGGUCGACUGUGGGUCCUGUUGGCGUUCUGCUAGUCCCAGUGCUUGUAGGAAGGCCAGUGCCCCCUCGAUCGACAUGAGUGUAUUAUUAGUUCCGUUGUGGUGUACCACAAGAGUUCCUGGUGGUCCCCAGUGGUAGGGUAUGGCUGUAGAUCUUAAUUGAGAGGUGACUGGCUCCAGUUAUAUCCGCCAGACCAGAGUGUUUUUUGUGAGGUCUUGAUACAAUGUUAGUGAAUUGCCUUAUUCCUCAGUGCCAUCUGGUUUUUGUCUUGUGAUGUUAAGCAGCGAAGAAUGACGUCUUGUGCUCCUCCAAUUGGUGUUUUACGUGCACUCGUAAUGCGAUACACUCCGUCCAUGAUCAUUUUUUUUUGGGCAGUUGUGUGGGGUAGUAUGGAUGCAAGUAAUCUGCACGUAUAAUGGUGGGAGUUCGUCCGCUGUCACAGCAGCAGGGAUGCCACGUAUUUUAAUGUGGUUCCUGUGUUGUCUGUCUUCCAGGGCUGAGAUUUUGGGAGCGACAUUCCAUUGGGUAGGCUUUGUUCCCAGCAGGGGUUGUGUGAUGUUGCCGCGUAGGAGUGCCUCCAGUCUCAGGCUCAGGGGUGUGCAGUAGGCUGCAGAUUUGCGCUGCGGUUUGGAGUGUUUCGGCGUGAGGAAGAAAGGCAUCUAUCGAUGCGUUGUGGCUCGGGGGGGACCAGCUGGAACGGUAAGGAGGUCAGAUGGGUUAUAGUUUUCGUGAUAUUUGGUUAGAUUUAGUCAAGUGUUUGAGAGCUCUUAGAGAUGGCGUCCGCUCAUCAGGCUUUCAGGCUUCGCCCCCAAUUUUAAGCUUUUUGCUUGCUAUGCAUUUACGUUUGUUUCUACUCCCUCAAUAACAAAUCAAGGCUUGUUUUAAAAAAAAUAAAAAAAAAAUAUUAUUUUAUUCUUUUGUAACAAAGUUAAAUGUCCUAUAUUUUGUGGAAUACAAUAGGGCUAAUAAGAAUAAAGCUGUGGCUUGUAUGAACCUUUAGGAAUGGUUGAGUGAGGAAGAAGAUGACCAGGAUCCCCUCAGCAGGGAAGAUUCGGGAAUACAGGUUGAUAGGACACCUCUAGAGGACCAAGAAAAGAAAUCCGCUGCUCCUAUAGUAUCAUGGAAAGGUAUAUGAGAUUAAAGGUGAAAAGUAUGAUGGUUUUUUUUUUUUAAAUUUGUUUUUUUAUCUCAAUAUUUCUUUAAGUUUUUUAACAAAUACAAUUUAUAGCAAUUUACAUUUAAAUAUUCAGUCACUCAACCACAAAUACAUAAUGAUUCACAUUACAUAUAAAUGCACUACAUUCAUAUCUGGGGGGUUCCAAGGAUAAAACUUUUACAAAUUCUGAAUAUCAAGUAUCUUUUAACUUCAAGUUCAGGGUAGAUCUUACAUAGUUGACAAUUUGUUUAGCCAAUUUUCAUACGUAACUUUUUUUAUUUGAGAAAUAUUAUUUAUCGUAAGCAAUUUUUCCAUAUUCAAUUGUGUUUUAAUUUGAAAGAGUAUAUGUUGUUUUUGAAAGGGUAAGGACGAUCUCCAAUUUCUGGCUAUUAUAAUUUUCAUAGCUAUGAAACAAUGAACAGCAAUACAGAUAUCAUUUCGUGAUUUUUAAAUUUCAGUUUACAUGUAAUAAUGCAACUGUAGGUGAAAAUAUUAGUUUUAUACCUGUCAGAUCAUAAUAGAGUUUAAAGACCCAAGACCAAAUUUCAUUAACACAUGGGCAAAACCACCAUAUGUGAAUAUAUGAACCCAAACUACUACCACAUCUCCAACACGUAGGGUCGCAAUUCUAAUACAUUUUAGCUAAUUUAUUUGGUGUUAAAUACCAUUUGUUUAUAACUUUAAAAUGGCACUCUAUCAAAUUCAAGCAAUGGGGGGGCGGGGCUGGGCCGCCAAGCAGCAUGGCAGCAGAACACCGUGGCUCCGAGCUUAAGCCCUAAACAACGGCAUAAAACUUGCUCAAAACUUGCCCCAGGGCCGGAUUACAUGCUGGAUUACAAUGGGGUACUACCCAAGCAUCCAUAUGAUACCAGACUACGGCCAAAUAUUCACGGGGAACACGGAGACUGAUGAACCCGGCCUACACACCUGCAUAAGCCUGCAUGAGGACAGCUGCAGAUAGAGAACAGACGCCUGAUUGCAAGGCCCGAGGUACAAGCACACCAGCUAUGCGGACACUGGGGGAGAUUUACACGGGUGAGAGCUGCGGCCCUGCCCCCCCUCCGCCCCCCGGCCGGAGGGGGUAAUCCCGGCUACAUGGGAUUACCGGGGUGCUCGCUGACCUCCUGCACAGGCACUGGCUGCCAAACUGCGGCCCGCCAGAUAUCUACACUCGAAAUCCAGGGACGAUUAUUGCCUAAGCUACAGGAUUAACGCACACCCUGAACUUAACGGCCUACAACAGCCCUGCCUUGCCAUCAGAAGCUGUCCUGUGGAUACAACACCCGCGGAUGAAGUGGGGCCCCGGAGGCGAUGCACGUGGGCGGGGGAGCCAGGCCGGAUGCUGCUGCGGUGUCCUUGGGGCCCACUGGCCGGAUGCCGCGACCCUUGGACUGUGCCCUGCGGAGACUGAAGUGCCGUCACCUGUGGGUUUGAGGAGGACCUGCAGGCAACUGUCCCCGACGCUGUGAGCCCUCGUGGAGUGGAACGCGGCGGCCCCCGGCGGACCGGUGGCUGUGGGGAGGCUGGCGCCCGCCCCGAGUGGCCGGAGAAGGGUGAGACACAGGACGGCCUUCACCCUGACCAUCUGGGGCCCAGUGGGGGUGCAGGGGAUUACUGACUGGCACACGGACUUUAGGUGGUGGGUCGUGUGGACUGGUGAGUCCCCGAGUGCCCGCUGUGCUGCGGAUCUCCCGGAUGGAGGCUUGGCGCGGCCUGAGGGGACGCCGCGGAGGCCUGACGCCCCUGGGAUCAGCCGCAAAUGCAUCUGCAGUCGGUUCCCCCCGCUCGGAGGGGUCGUAUCCGUGGCCCCUCAAUGCCUGUGGACUGAGUUGAUACACGCUGUUACUGACAGGCAGCAGUAAAUGGUUUAUUUUUUUUUAUUUUUUAUUUUUCCCGUUUAUUCACCAUAUAAAGCCGUACAUUAUGCAGCAUCAUGUCUUAUCUACGUUAUGCUCCUGUCUUAUGCUUGAUGAUCCUUGAGGACUGAAAAGCAUCAGUAAUAUGUUCAUGCUAUAAUGCUGCCUGCUUAAUAUAUUUUUCUAGUCUUGCAUACACUGCCCAUGCAGCAGUGCCAAUAUGAGCUUCAGUUUAAGGUCACAAAUUCUUAGAUAAUCUUAUAUUAGUAGCACACGCAGACAAAACAUACGUUAAGGAUACCCGUAUGUCUGCGCAGUAGCUGAUACAAAAAAUUUGUGCUUUUACAAAGAGCAUAUUGGGUUAGGGUUGGGGUUUAUUUAUUUUUUUAAAAUUUUUUUUUGAACAACCUGCUUACAGUUUAACCGUUCAUUGCUUAUUUUCUAGAUGUGUUUGUAACCACGCACGUACAGAUUUUGUGGGUCCAAUCUUAGGGACAUCGAUUACCUCUUACCUGAGGGCACGAAUUAAAGACUUACAACAUACUACCCUGUUAAACGUGGGGAGAGGAAGUUAUACAGCAACCAAUUAAGCCCCUAAUCCCCCAUUAUCUAAUCAAUGAAUGUCAUGUUAACAUCUCAGAGUGAAAUACUAACCCUUUCUAUGAUUUCCUAAUGAUGAGCCCUUGUGUUAUACCAUAGUUUAAUCUCCCCCUGCCAGCAUAUGGGGACUCACUAAUGGGUUGCUGCGUAUUGUUUAAUCAAAUAAAGUUGAGAAUAGGCAUAAAACAUUAUUUAACUGGACCAGUUAUAAUUCAGCGUAGACAACAGUGCAAAUACCUCGGUUCAGAUUUAGCUAAACAUUGUACUGCAAACAUAAGCUGACUGAAAAAUAAGAUGCAGAGAAUGAUCUCUUCUUGCUAAUGUUGGAACGGAUAUGCAAUAUGACAUUUGCUUAACCUUAGUUAUUUUACUUGUGUUCACAUAAUUUAACCUUUCUGCCUUACUAGGCUUUGACUGCUCUCAUUCGAUAUAAAAUGCACUCUGUGGCAUAUGCCUAUGUCGAAAAGCUUAUUAUGAUACAUUUGUCUCCCCUGCGUGGGAUGACUGCUUUUCCUAUGCACCAAUAAACUUAUUCAAACAAAUUCAAGCAAUGUAUAUUUUUAGUAUGUGACAAAGAGGAACACCAUUCUUCCAGUGUUAAUUCAAGUUCUUACGCCCAGUAAUUUUAUUGUUUUCAUUGGGUUAUCAUUAAGUAAGUCUAGAAGGAGAUUUGCUUUAGGAAUUACUUUAAUAACAUAAAUAUUGCCAGAUAUAUUUUCCAUAAGACCUGCUGACUGAAAUGAAGAUUUUAAAAUAUUGAUAUCUAGGAAAUUUUUUAUUCUUAAUUAAGUAAAAAUUUCCCUAUUUGGGACUUGAAACUUUUUCACCAUUUCUUGAAAUAGAAUCAUCUUUCAUUAUUUGUGAAAUUGAAAUUGUAUCUUUAUUUGGCCAAUUCUUUUUUUUUUUUUAUAUAAAUUCUUUAUUUUAUUUGUGCAUGGAUUGACAUUGAGCAUGCAGAGCCACGACAGCUGCUGCAAGCAGUUGCAUAGCAUUACAUAGCGUGGCAGAUUAAACAGCACAGUUUUUUCUUUUUUCAUCAUGAAAUUAACCAGCUAUAAGACCUUUGUGGUUUGUGAUAAACAUGUUGGUCUAAGUGUGUACGUAGUAAAGUUGUUCUCGCUUGGUGUUACAUUAAGGUAUGUUGCUUUGCUUUGCGUGUAAGGGAAGAUGUUUAUAACUAGGGCAGCAUUGCAAGUAGACAGAUUCUCGCUUGGUUGACUACAUAUAUUUUCGUAUGACGUGCUGCAGUGUGGUUGUGAUGUGUUGCCUGUAGGGUAGCAAUACCUAUGCGAGUGUGUGCUUAUGAGAGCCAUAGGGUUAUUACGCAAAACAAAGUUUACAUGCUUAGACAAUAUAUUGCUGGUUCAGGCUUGACAUUAGAACUUCACAUCCGCUGGUACAGUGUUAAGGCGGUUUGCUAACUAUGUGAUGAACAUUUAAGCUACCAUAACAUGAGUGUGUGUGUAUGUAUGUAUGUGUGUGUAUAUAUAUAUAUAUAUAUAUAUAUAUAUAUAUAUAUAUUAGUUAACAGAAUGAGAAACUCCUGUUUUACACAAAUGCAAUGUAGAAGCUAGUGUAUCCGCAAGAGCAACGCAAAAGACUACUAACAAAUUCUGUUCCCUUGCUAAACUGGUCUCAGCAGCAGGAGUCAGAAAAAGUAAAAAUAUAGACAACAGUAAAUUGCGUCACAUUUAGUCCUGUAGUUCGUGUAGGCCGCUGAUAAGAGAAAAGUAUAAAUUUCCAAGGCAUUCUGUCACUUCAGAACCACAGGGGCAACACUGUGUUGGCAUGCACUAAUAAUUAGUCCGGUUCUGAUGUUAAAGGAAAGUGCAGAGAAGUAAACAAUAAUAAUUUUAGCUUGUUAUCUGAGAGUAAGUUAGGUGUAGAGAGGUUACAUGCCUAACACUAAGCCCAAUAUAAAUGCCUUGCCUCCGUCUGCUGAAAAUAUCAGUUUCUGCUUUAUGGGCAGGGUUGUAGGCCGUGUGGUGCUUGAGGUUCCGUUGUUUCAACCGAUGCCCGUUUUGGCAGUCUUGCUUGUGCAGUUGGGUAAGAGUCCCUUCUGGGUCUCCUCUCCGGUAUGUCGUGGGUGGGUUUUCUGCCUGUUGCGUCUCUCGGGAUCUGGCUUUGUUUCUUUUCGGUCUUCGGCGCACCAGGCUUUGUGGGCCGCUGUGUGCAGGCUUAUGCAUUGCUACUCGUUGUUUCCUGUGGUCGCUGAGUGAGAAGUAUGUCGGAUCUUCUUUUGCGGUACGGGGUCGUGAGAAUUGACGUCCAGAAGGCCCUGCGCCGUGUCCCGCCUGUUUGAGCCUGGGCUCCGGUUUCGUUUGGAGGCUGCUCUGGAGUUGUGAGGGGGAGUCCAUUGCAAGGUACCCCGGGUGGUCGGGCGAAUCCACACCGCCACCGCUCUCAUCGCCCUCUGGUAGGGUUGUCUCCUGGCUUUAAGCAUUGCCCAGAGGUGGAAUCGUAGCAAGUCCACAAAGUCCUUUGUGUGCUUGGGUGGUGCGAUGCUCAUGUGCUUGGCCUGGGGCCUCCCCCCGCCAUCUUGGCCGGGCCCUGCGGAUUUUGUUUGCUGCUUGUGCUUGUGGGGGUAAUCAUCCCCAGCGAGGACCGAGAUGUCCCCCACCGGUCCAAAGGGGGGGCAGCAGGGCUGCUUUGGGCUGUUGCGUAGGAGCUCAUACCGUGCAAGAAGGUCGGCUGUCUUCUUUGGGCCUUAUGCUCUGCGCUAGGUUAGGCUGCAUGGCCUGUUGCAGCUUUUCCGCGGCAUAUCGGUGCCGGGUUUGUAUCAUCGUGUGCUGUUAUGCGUCUGCUCCCGAUCACAGUUUGCCGCUUAUGCUGUCCUGUCAGUAGGUAUUUUCGCUUUUGGGUCCGUUGUUGCAGGAGCUCCUAAAAAGUGCGUCUGGCCAUCUUCGCUGUCAGGCCCCGCCCUCUCCACUCCCCAUUUGGCCAAUUCUUUAAUGAUAAGUCUUUCAUAUUUUGUUCUAGUACAGUUAAUUUACAGGUUUUUGGUAUUUAUUUGGCAAUUCCCAGAGCUUUUUUUUUUAAUCUCUACCCAAACUUGUAAAAGUUGAUAUAAUAUUAAUGAUGUGUCUGUAAGGGCCUCUAUAUGUUUCUUAUCACAGUUUAACCAUAGAUAGUACUCCAAAUUCCUUGUUUUAGUUGCUUCUGCUUCAAUAAUGUACCAAGGGUCUACAUUCACAUGUUGCUCUUGUAAUUUGUAUAUAUGUUUAAUUACAUUCGCAUAAUAUAUAAGUUUUGCAUUAGGAAAGUUUUAAACCCCCCUGUUUUGUCUUUUUAGAAAGUGUCUUUAAUCUGAUCCUGGGCUUUUUAUUCUUCUAGAUAUAAGAUGAAAAACUGGCUUGAAUCAAAUCUAGCCAGCUCUUCAAAAUUUUGAGAGGAAUCAUUGCAAAUAAAUUUGGGUACUAUAUAUGCUUUUACAACAUUUAUUUUCCCCCACCAUGAUGUUUGCACAUUUCUCCAUGAUUUUAGUGUUUUAUUAGUAUAUUUUAAUAAUUCCAUUACAUUUAGUUCCAUUGUAUUUUCCACUCUAGCUGGAAUUAAAACUCCUAAAAAAUUUAUUACUUUCUACUAUCGAUUUAUCCAUAUUUUUAUACAUUGCUGUGGAUUUUAGUGGAUUUAAUUCAUAAUUUGAAACCAAAGCAUAUUUAUUAAUUUAUUUAAUUAAUUCUGGUAAAGAUUGUUCAGGAGAAGUCAUUAUAAUUGUAGUAUCGUCCGCAUAUAGCGAAAUUUUGAUUUCCCUUAUGGCGGUAUGAAAGCCUUUUAAUAUUACAAUUAUCCCUUAUGGCGGUAUGAAAGCCUUUAAUAUUACAAUUAUCCCUUAUAUUAGUUGCUAAUGGUUCCAAUGAUAAUAUAUAGCAGAGGUGACAAAGGGCACCCCUGCCUUGUACCAUUCUUUAAUUCAAACCACUCUGCGCAUAUAUUGGUUCCAUCACAUUAAUUUUAUCAAUUUUUACUUCAGGUAUUAUUUAAGUGUAAUUCAACCUCAUCAAUAGUGCAUUUACCGUGCCAGAAAAUACCCUUCUAUGUUUUAUAUGUUUAUCUCUCAUUUUGUGAAAAAAAAAAAAAAAGCUUAAUUGAUACAUAGAUUUGGUUAAACCAAAUUCUUAAGUGUUAGCCAAUUUGUUAAUUUCUCAUGUGUCUCAAACACUUCAGAACGGCUAUCAUAAGUAAGGAUUAAUUUCAAUGGAAAAGAUCACUUUUAUAUCUCAUCUCAUGCUUUCCUAAGAUCUGAAUUGCUGGAUUGAAGGCUCUUCUUUUCAUACAGGUAUUGUAUGAUAUGUCUGGCAUUAUUAUUACAUUUAGGAAGCGUCCUGUUUUAUUUGCUUUCUGUCUCAACGCCUUCAAUACUUUUUCUUUAAAGUCAAAGGAAUAGAAACGAGCGAUCACAUCUCUAGGAAAGGAUUUUUCAAUGUUUUGGGGUUUAAAGACUCUGACAUCUUUCUAUUAUAUCCUCAUUUUCUUUAAGUGUUAGUCCGAAUUCCUCAAAGUUUCUUUUAGAUCUUGCUGAUCAUUUAACUCCUCUAAAUUUCUGAAACUGAGGUUUUUUUCUUCUUGAUCUAUCUUCCAAGUCAUCUAUCUUUGAUUCCAGGGAUGUAACUUGUUUUUUAAUUUUAUCAUUGACUUCUUUUAGUUUAUUUAUCUGAAAAUCCGUUUCAACAAAUUUAUCUUCAAAAUGUUGAACUUUUAUAAUCAAUUGGUUAAUUUCAUGUUUAAUCUCUUGUUUAAUUUCUUGUGUGUUAGUAGCUAUUUCGUUUUCUAUUUCUACCAAAUUGUUUUGUAAGCUCAUAUUGAGUUGCUCUGUUAUAAGCGAUUCUCUCAUUCUUUUAGCUUCUGGUUCCAAAUGAUCUGAACCGGUAUUAGAUAUAUCCAAAUUCUGUUGGGUAUUAACCCUUUGUUGGUCCUUCUGUUGUUGGGGAGAGAAAUAAUUUGUUACACUCUUAUCAUGUUGCUGUUUAUCUUUUUUUUAACCCCUUAAGGACACAACUUCUGGAAUAAAAGGGAAUCAUGAUGGUUUAUUUCCGUCGUGUCCUUAAGGGGUUAAUGUUCCUUUUGAUUCUUGAGGUUUUCUAUUUGCCAUUUUGUUACAGAGUCUUCUCUCGUUCACUUAGUCUUUCACGUAGUCCCCUUUAAAUUUGGGAGCUUUACUUUAUUUCCAAAUAAAGAUUUUUCUCCUCUCCCUUCUUUGCUCUUUACCCAGCACCACACCUCAGUUUUUCUGAUUUUCCUUUGCUUUUCCUUUCUCUCCUCUCCUCUCAAUCUUACUUUUGUCUUUCUUUUUCAGAUUGCUGAUAUUAUUAUUAUUAUUAUUAUUAUUAUUAUUAUUAUUCAGAAUAAAUUACAAUUUUAAACCAGUCAUAAAGAUAACAAGAAAUGUAAAAUUUAUCUGAGGGAGUGUAUUUCCCUUUGCCAGCUCCGGUUUCUUUUCUUUUUUUUUUUUUUUUUGCAGUAGCCAACCAAACCUUUGUUGUUUUAUGUUUGUGGACUUCUCAUGUCCGGCUUAUUCAAAUCCAAUCUAUCCCAUAUAGGUGGUUCGCGCAGGUUUUUAUAAAUGCUGUUCGAGGUAGGAAUUGUAGCUGGUACUCUGGAAUCUCUCGUAUCAGCAAUUUAUUCCCUCCUUUCAGCCGAGCAAAGAGUCGUGUUGGGAGCCCCCAUUUUAAUGCGAACAAGCCCAUGCGUCUGUCAUUAGUCGGCCGUCCUACCGGAGCUCUGCCACACUCCACCACGGUAGCCCCUCCUCUUCCACCAGAGCGUUACCACGUCAUGACGCCUUUCACUACCUAGUAUCAAGUAUGAUGAAAUUUUAAUGCAGUAAAAAUGUAAAAAAAAAUAAAUUCUCCCACAGAAUGUCCCUCACGUGGGGAAAUUCAUACAUUCCAAUCCAUUAAAAGUGACAUUCAGAAAGACCAGACAGUGACUAAAACGUAUCAGCCUCUCCUGGAUCUUCCAAACAAUGUAGUAUAACUCUCAGCUUUUUUUAUUUUUUUAAAUUCAUUUUUUAACUUACAUGAAUUAAACUGUAGGCUGUUUGUCAAUGCUUUGUGCUGAAAAAGUGUAUAUAUUUGUGCAAUUUUUUUAACUUCUGUGACAGAUUUUGGCUUGUAGCCUUGCGUGUUUUUUGUCAAUGUAGUUAACUGUGCUUCUUAAUCUACUCCACACUGUGGAGAGCUGAAAGACAGUGUCUCUGUCCAGCAGUGCUAAUUCCCGGCAGACGGCAACAUAGAGUGGACAGAGCUGCUAUACGGUAAGGUAUUCAAGCAGCCAGAGUCCACAAUAUAUAAUCUCUCCAUUGUAUAUGAUAGAAGAACAAAGAAGGUAGUAGAGCUGCUAAAGUCUCCAAGUUCUCCAAAUGAUUGCCAUUCCUUUCAUAACAGAGCUAGGCUACUCCAAGUUCACACUGUAGUUAUUCUGUGUGGCCGAUUACAUGUAUCCAGGUUGUCAUUUUCUAUUAAUGCAGUGGGAGAGCCAGAUGCACGGACUUGGCUGGAGCAGCAUGUAGUAUGUCAAUACUGGACAUCCAGAGCGCACAGAUUUUCUCACAGCUCACACUUGCACUCUAAUUUGGCAGCUAUCUGGUAAGAUAUUUUUAAAAAUUCUUUAUCCACAGAUGUUUUCUGUUCUACAGAUCAGCUGUACAGGGCUGAUAAGAGUUUUCAUUUUCCCAGCUUGGAGCUUGAUUAAGUUACAUGAGAACUAGUAUUGGUUUCUCUCACUCCCACUUUUCCUUUAAUGUCUAACUUAAUGGUCCACUGUGAGAAAUGCAUUUAUAAUACACUCUUAAGUCUUCUACCGUGCAUUUACAUUUGUUAUAUAGAGCAUAGACCGUUUUCUUUAUUUUCUUCAUCUUCAAUAUUCUGGAGAUAUACAGGAUUAUUCACUUAAGUGAGAGUACAAGGUGAAUUCAGAGUGAAUUUCAAAUUUAAGGUCAAUAUAUCUGAACAGAAAAGCAGCUAUUCUUUCAGUUCAGCUACUCUGGCCUUAAAUAUGAAAUUCACUUUAAAUUCUCACAUUAGUAAAUGACAUUCAUAGUAUUCAUGUCUGGAUUUCUGUUGAAAUAUAGGAGCUUUAUUCACCAAACUGUUGAAGUGAGUUGAGAGCUAAUGUGUAAAAUUGAUUAAAUCUCCAGUUCAGCCAAACUGUUCUUUUAUUUAUUUAUUGCAAAUCUGCUACCUUAAUUUUUAAAUUCUUAUUAAAGUCACCCCAGCUCACUGUAUUAUAAAAAGACUAUACAGCCGGCCCUUUCCUAAAUAAUGCUACUGCUCCCUUGCAGACAUUAUGGAUUAUUUUUGAAAGCCAGAGAAGUUAAUAUUGACUACAUCAGAAGGGGAAGUGAAGUUGCCCUGUACCAUGUACAUAUUCUAGAUUUAUUUAUUUAUUUAUCUAUAUAUAUAUAUAUAUUUUUUUUUUUUUUAGGGACAAGCACUUAUACUCCACAGAUCCUCUUUAUACACCCGAUGAGAAAACAGUUGUUACUGAAACCCAGGUGAUUCGAGAAACUCUUUGGUAAGUCGAUAUUCUGAGCAAGUCAAAAUGGUAUAGUGUAUAUACGCUGUUUAUUUUUUUCUGUUGCAAUUCUGUCUGGAGGCUCUUUCUACAAAUAAAUGAAUCCUAUUGAUAAAAAAAUAAAGCCACAGUAAAUCAUUAUAAUAUUUUUACAUAUAUGUCUGUGAUUAUUACAAAAAAUAUUCAGUCAUAGAACCACAUUAUUAAAAUGCAUAGCAAAUAACAAAGUGUAAUAAUCAUAGUCAAAUAUGAUAAUGAAGCAUUAUUCAUAAGACAGAGUAUUGGCAAGUAAAGAAAUACCUGAUAGGUCAACUGAAUUCAUGUUGGAACUAGGCACAGUUCAGAUGGAUGGAACAUGAAUCCAUUUAGCAAAAAAAUAAAAUCCAUCUGUCCGAAUUUGAAAAGAAUAGGUCUGUGCAGUGUUUCUUAGAAAAAGAUUAGAUUCAUGGGUAUAAGGAAAAGUUAAUAGGAAUAUUUAUUUCAUUUAUUAUUUUCAUGUAUUGUCUGUUCCUUAAAGAUGGAUAGUAAUUUUUCAUUAGAAAACGUAAACAAAUGUUAAUGUUAUAUUACUUGUUGCUCUAUAUGCUAUUGUUACUCUAUAUUCUAGGUUACUCUCGGGUGUAAAAAAGCUGUUAAUUUUUCAUCUGAAUGAUGGGAAAGUGACAGUGAGGAAUGACAUUGUUGUGACUCACAUGACUCAGGUAUGUUGGUUACAAAUGAGUAAUUCUUGUGUGGAUAAAUGACAUUUGUUGUGUUAUGAUGAAAGCAGAUUUCCAUGUUCGAAAAUUGCUAACUCUGCAAUGGAAUGUAAUUAAUUGAUACAUCCAACCAUAUCAGCCUCUUUGAAAUGAGACACGUAAUUCUUGUUUAUUUUUUUUAUUUAUUUAUUUUAUUUAAAGAAUUGUCUGAGGUCAGUGCUUGAGCAGUUAGCAGCGUAUGGACAAGUGGUUUUCAGGCUGCAGAAAUUCAUUGAUGAAGUCACCGGGCAUGGAUCUGAGAGUACACUGCCAGGGACCCUUCCAACUGCCAAGAAGAAUACUGAAGCUCAAUUUCGUACAUACCAGGCUUUUGUGUGGGUUUUGUACAAGUAUUUCACCAGUUUUAAAGAAGAACUAACAGAGAUUGAAAAGUGUAUCAUCAAUAAAGGUAUAAUAUAAACUGUGUAUUGAACAAUGUUUAUAUAUCCAUAUCUCCAAAACAUGUUGUUUUUUUUGUUUUGAUCUUUUCUCCUUCAUUUUUUUGUUGUUGAAAUGUUUGUAUUAGAUCAAACCAUGACUUUGUCAAUGGUGAUUGACAAGUUGGCACCUCGACUUGCACAGCUUAAAGUACUACACAAGGUUUUCAGCACUGGGAUAGCAGAGGUACCACCAGACACAAGGAAUGUGGUGAGAGCCUCUCAUCUUCUAAACACUUUAUACAAAGCAAUUCUGGAAUACGACAAUGUAGGAGAAGCUUCAGAGCAAACGGUGGGUACUAUCCACACUCAUGACAAUUCAUAGAUGUUUUCUUUAUUAGCAAAAUAUUAAGAAGAAAUCAGCUGAUUCUGUUUGACAGAAGUAACUUUAAGUAUAAUCUGUUUUGUGUAAUUGACAUUUUUUAUACUAAGAAAACAACUACAACCCUCAUAACUAUGAAUAAAAUCCUUAAAAUAGCAUUUCCCCUUGUACAGCGCUGCAGAAUUUGUUGGCACUUUAUAAAAAUAAUAAUUUAUUGUACUUAGAAUAGAGAUAAAUAUCAUGAACUUCAGUGAACUCUAUUGAUAUAUUAUGUAUUGUAGGUGUCUCUACUUUUUUUCCUUUGGGUUGAAACUGUGAGACCAUAUUUAGAAAUUGUGGAUGAAUGGAUUGUUCAUGGAAAUCUCUUCGACCCAGCAAAAGAAUUCAUUAUUCAGAGGUAAAUACAGGCAAGUCACAGUGGAUAUUUUUAUUUCGCAAUAAAUGCACAUAUGGCUCUAGAUCAAAUAUCACCUGUUUCUGUUUGCGUAUGAAACAUGAGCAGCUUUUGGUGGUAAAUCACAGUUGUUCAUCUUUUUGUACUGUAAAGGAUCCUUCUAUUCGUGCAGUGUAUUCUAUUCCUUGUAGCUUCUCCCGAAAUCCCGCUGAAACAGAGUGAUUAUAGCUUCCAAUCCCCCAAACAUGAGUCGAGACUUCAUGAAGGGGUAAAACAAUCUGAUUUAAUGGGGGCUACCUGCCCGGUAUUUAUGCAGGUCUACCACCUGGUGGACACUCCCCUAGGGGACCAGAUGGAAGACUGGGACAAAAGAAUUACAGUAGCCAAUCGCAGUGGCUAUAACAUAAGCACUCCCCUUUUACAUAGGUCACUCCCUCCUUUCCAUCCUGAAGAUAAUUAACUUAAGGUAGUAAAGAGAGCCUUAAUUAUCUCCAGGUAGAAAGAAACAUGGCUUUUCCCAUAUUCACAAAACAGCAUAAAAAUCUAUAACUUAUAUUUUACUGAACAUAAACUUUAGGUCCCACAUACCCCCAGAUAGCUUGGAUCUGAGUGCAUAUUCUAGGCCAGUGAUGGCGAACCUUUUUGAGCCCGAGUGCCCAAACCGUAAUACAUGCCAAUUUUUUUUCCCCUCAAAGUGCCAAAACGGCAAUUAAACCUGAAUAUUGAGGUUUAAGUUUAGAAAAAACAACUCAUACAGUUGUCCGAACUAAUUAACAUCUCUGUGUGUGUAUUAAGCAGUUUGUGUGUGUGCUCGGCAUUCUGUCUGUAUGUGUAUUUAGCAGACUGCUGAAUACACACAGACUGCUGAGUACACAGUCUGCUAAAUACACACACACACACACACACACACAGACUGCUAAAUACACACACUGCAUUGAGGGGUACAGUGUAUGUGUUUGUGUGUGGAGUGAUGUGUGUGUGGGGGGAUGUGUGUGGGGUGGUGUGUUUGUGUGUGGGGGGUGGUGUGUGUGUGAGGUGAUGUGUGUGUGUGUGUGUCUUUUUGUGGGGUGAUAUGUGUAGGGCAGGGGUGCUGUGUGUAUGUCGUCCCCCCUCUACCCCCUCUGUUUUCUUUCCCCCCAUCCCUCCCUCAUUUUUUUCUCCCAUCCCACACUCAGUUUUCUCCCUCCCCUCCCCCAUCUCUCCCUCAGUCUCCUUCCCCUCCCCCAUCUCUCCCUCAGUCUCCUUCUCCCUCCCCCCAUCUCUCCCUCAGUCUCCUUCUCCCUCCCCCCAUCUCUCCCUCAGUCUCCUUCUCCCUCCCCCCCAUCUCUCCCUCAGUCUGCUACCUUGUAGCGUGGCCGAGCGCCGCGGAGCUCAGUUUCCUGUACCCGGCGGACAGGAAGUGCUCUCUCUGUGAGCACUUCAUUUCCGUCCGCCCGGGUACAGGAAACAUAAGUUCCUGUACCGCGGUGCGCUCGGCCACGCUACACAGAGCGCCUGGCAGGAGGGAGCGCUCUGCGCUAUGCGCUCACCUCCUGCCGGUCACUCCGGCUUUGCGCCCGCCGAGCCGGUGCACCCUAAGGCGGCCACUUGUGCCGCCUUAUGGAUGCGCCGGCGGAGCGCACCCUCCCUCCGGCGACCUAUGGCCGCGUGCCCACAGAGGGGGCUCGGCGUGCCACCUGUGGCACGCGUGCCAUAGGUUCGCCAUCACUGUUCUAGGCGAAUAGCGCUCAGAUCCCACGAACACAGUUCUCAAUAACGUCGAAUGAAGUUUGGACUUUACCGGCCGUUUGCAUGUUUGUAUCCGACAAAGAGUUCCACACUGUAGCUAUCUGGGGUCGGUCUCUUUCGCAUAAAUCCAAGUCCCGAACGGUGCAAUGUCUCCGGUAUUCGUGUGUUUUCAACCGUACGAACGAGGACCUUGGUAAGUAUCCGAAAAAGAGUUCCAGGGCAUCGCCGCCAUUUACCGCUGGGCGUUCGAUUUAAAAUGGCGACUGCCACGUGUUCGGCAGACGAACGCGGACCACCAAGCUGUUCCCCAAUUACGCUGUGGUUAACCGCAAAGUCUGGGUGGUUAAUGGGUGCCACACGACCUCAGUAGGAGGUCGGGUGAUUCGGCAGUUUAUUCGUUUCAUUGCUAUUUGCACGAAAUCACCCCACACACGUCUAAAUAACCGAGCAGGCUGGUUUGCAUAGUUGGUUUAACAAGGGAUUUUGUUACAUGUACCAUUUAUGGGAGCUGUUUGGGCCACACUUACUAGAUCUAAAGGUUAUCAGCCUUCCUGUAUGGUUGUGGUGGAAAUGUAAUUGACCAGGAUCUUAUCAUAACGAAAACUUGCUAAAUCAAACCAAUUGGCAAGGAACAUUGAAACUUCUGAUUGGACAAGCUGUCUGUCAUUAUGCUUGCCAGAUUAAAUGUUAUUUAGUGUAUAUACCAGCCUUUGCAAUUGGUAUUGGCAUUCUAGAAUUAUCGCAGCAAGUGAUCUCUUGGGCUGUAGUGAAUAUUUAGGUGCACAUUGGUCAUUUGCAAGAACGUUUCUUUCACUCAUUGAAGCACAUUUUGGUGGUAUUGGUUCAGGAUAGAGUUGGUCACUUACAAAGCAAGGUCAGUAUUGCAUUUCCAAUCCUCUAAAUAGCAGUUUAACAGGCCUCCUUGGUUUUGCAGCAUGUUGAAGAAAAGCUGAUGUUAUUUUGCAUUGCUGAGUCUAUAACUGUAAUGUCAGCCUACUGAAAAGAGAGAUAUAUAUAUAUAUAUAUAUAUAUAUAUAUAUAUAUAUAUAUAUAUAUAUAUAUAUAUAUAUAUAUAUAUAUAUAUAUAAUUUUUUUUUGUUUUUUUUUGUUUUUGUUUUUUAAAGAAUGGAAGGCAUUCACCAUUAUAAAUAGUUUGCAGAACUGCACAAUACAAUAGAUUUACAGAUUUAUGUGGAAAACAAUGAAGACUCUUGCCUUGAAUCCUCAACAUUUUAUUGUAGCACAGAGUAAUCAUUGAAACAUUGUCACUAUAUUCUCUUUAACAAUGUUAUACUGUCAUUUCUAAACAUUCAAAAACCCAUUUUCAGUGCUGUUUUUUGGGUUCUCUAUACACAUGUAUGUAAUUGGAUUAUUAACUGGUCUAAAAUCUUGAUCCAUGUUCACAAACAUUCCAUUGCAACCACAUGAUUUCCUUGUUAUGCUACUUAUACUGUUUAGGGCAUGAAUGCUGAACCUCCAGCCUUUCAAAUAAAAGCAGUGUCUUUUCUGGGAAAAGGCAUUGUUUACAUUUUACAAUUUCCUCUCCUAUAGUGGCUGUCACACAGGCUUCAGACUAAAAAUCUGUAUCUAUUUUACAACUUACCUUUAUAUGCAAAGUAGGCUGAUGACGGAUGCUAGGUAUGCUUCCGAGAAUGUCUGUCUGAGAUUGCUGCACAUGUUCAUUAUGACCAAAAUGCCCUCUGAGAAGCAUCUAAUUGAACAAAAAUUAUUGUAAAAGGACACUAUAGUUGCCAGAACCACUACAUCUUGGCAUAGCUUAACUUCAGUUUUUGUUUGUCACUAGAGGUUUUACUAGGCAGUGUUUACAGUCACUCAGUUGGCCACGAGAGGUGCUUCCUAUCUCAGUGCUGCACAGUGCUCAGCACCUACGUACAGCGUCUAUACGCUUUGCAUGGAGACGCUGAAUGUUCUCCAUAGAGAUGCAAUGAUUCAGUGCAUCUCUAAGAGGACAAGCUGAUUGGUGCAGCGAUAUGCCACUCGUGCGCAAUAGCCUCUCAAUGCUUUUCUAUAGGUGCACAUCCCAGCCAUUUUGGCAGGGCCAGCCAGGGGGAGACCGUCACGAUUUAAAUACCAUUAAAAAUAUGGAUGAAAUUUAUAUUUGUAAUAUGGAGGAAGAGGAACAGCUGCCAAUCAGGGAGCCGGUCACCAGGAUCUCUGUUUAUGCAGUUUAGGCAACUAUAACCAGUACAUAGCAAUACAGUGGCGACAGCGUCAUUGGGCUGCAGAUGCCAAUAUGUGGAUGGAGCCUACAGCCUAAUGACACUAUCGCUACUGUAUUGCUGUGUACUGGUUAUGGUUGCAUAGUCUGUUCCUAUAAGUGAGAUAUGUAUUCCAGCCAUAUUUGUUUUCUCCUUGUAAACUAAUGUUUUUUUGUGAUAUAAAACAAAGAAACAUCUUCGUGUCUUUCUUUUUUUCUGUAGAAAUAAAGAUGUUCCUGUUAAUCAUCGUGAUUUUUGGUAUGCUACAUACACAUUAUACAGUAUUUCAGAAAAGACUGAGAAUGAGGAUAAAAUGAGCGACAAUGCUAGUGCCAGUUCAGGAAGUGACCAGGCCCCAGCAAGCAGGCAGCACACCAUGGUCUCCUUCCUGAAACCUGUGCUAAAGCAGAUCAUAAUGGCUGGAAAGUCUAUGCAACUACUGAAGAAUUUAAAGUGCAAAGUGACCUCACACCAGAAUUCCAGAAGAGGUUUGUUAUAUUUCCACAAAGGGAAACAAAUGGAGGGGGCUAUCUGUUUUUGUUAUUUAUAAUGUUUAAACAGACCGUUGUCCAUAAACCAGAAGAAAUCUUUAUUUAGUCUCUGAGCAUUGAUUAGAAAACCACAUUUUUAAAUCUAGGUUAAAAUUUGGAAAGAUUCUACUACUCAGCCAUAGUCACAGCAUUGCUAUUUUAGCCUUGAUUUAAAUUAAAUAUUGAUUUGGUCCUCAACUCACUGUUUACCUCUUUAGAGCGGCAUACAUACUUAUGUGUCCCCAAAAUAUACAUACAUGCACACGAAUUAGCAUCUGGACCUAGUCAGAGGCCUUUAAAUGCUAGCUUCCACCACUAUACCACUUGAUGGGGUAAUUAUAACGUCUGUUUUAGACACUUCAACUUAAUCCCUUACCAUCCUAAAUUUAUUCCAUAGAUGGAAGGAAUCUCACCAGCCUCGUUUUCCUCCAUAUUUCUUCCAUAGAUAAAUGUAGGUGCACUUUUUCAUCUCACUACAUCUUAGAACUAUAGCAGAGAUUUCCAGUAUCAACCAAAGCCAGUGUAAUGAUGAUGAACCCUGACUGGGUGAAAAUCCACUGUCCAUACUUGAGUAUUAUUAGAUCAUUUGUUCCAUUUCAAAGGUCCUGAUUGAAACAGACAACCUUACAGGAUAUUGCAUCUUUCUAUCUUUGAGUAGUCAGAGUGCCGGGGCAUAAGAUCACAUAAAUAACAGUCUGUGUUUGAAGUGAUGAAUCUGCCCAAACAACUACGGUACUUCAGCUCUCUGUUACAAGAGCCUAUUCCUUUCACUUAUUGCUGUGAUUGAACAAUGAGCAGUGAGUGGAAGGCGUCUGCAAUGUAUAAUAUGAGAUACAUUUCAACAGGUUUUUAUUUAAAUUGUAUUUAAUAUUCUGUUUUUUUAAAUAUAGUUCUGUUUUGCAUUGUGCUAAACCCAAACAGGGAAUAGAGAUGGGAUUUGAUUGUGACGUAUACAAUGUGUCUUGUCAGCACAAGUAAAAAUGAAAGGCGAUGUGAUAUAUAUAUGUGUAUAAAUAUCUGUGUGUGUGUGUGUGUGUGUGUGUGUAUGUAUGUGUGUGUGUAUAUAUAUAUAUAUACACACACACACUCCUUCACUCACCUGGCUGCAGUGUAUUUGUAUACAGAGUACAGCCCAUUAUGAAAGAUUAAAAGUAUGCUAUUCAAAAUCUAAAAGUACCCACAAAUACAAACCUUUUUCUUGUAUAAACAAAUGAGGAAAUUGCAAACUAACUUAUUGUUUGUUUAUAUUUUUAUUUGCUUCUCUUUUUCUAGAUGCCGAUAGGAAAAGCCUGUAUACAUUAUUUUUAGAAUCUGUGCAAUCCCGUCUUCGUCAUGGGAAAGAUUCCGCUCCUGACAUCAUCACAGAACAGCAAGUUAACAAGCAGAGUCUGAUAAAAAUGCAGUCUAUAGUGGCCAGACAUCUAGAAUUAGAUGAUGUUCAUGAUCCCCUCCUGGCAAUAAACUUUGCAAGGUGAUUACAUAGUAGAGUUGAAGAAAAAUCAAUUACCAAGUACAACAUGAUAAUUUUGUACCAUAUUGAAUAAUCUGUCUAGUGCCUGUAUAAAAUAAGAAUGAGCCAAGGUGCUAAUAAAUGAUUCUGGUACUUGCAUGAAAUGCAGGCAAUUUGUAAUCAAUUUGUUGCAACACAAAAUACCACAGUUUGAAAAGGCUUUUAUAUUUAAAAGCUGUGUCCAUCUGAAAUGGGACCCAGGUUUGCCCUGCUUUUAUAGGGAGUUUAUAUACUUUGUAGAUUUAUUUUCUUUAACCCCUUUCAUACCAAAUCCUACACCACUUUAGAUUGUGAAAACUGGAUCCCUUCCAUGGGACUUACAAAUGGAUCAGCGGAGACACCAAUGUUUAUUAGCUCAUAUAUAGACAGAGGGCACAUGAGGGGUACAGACGUCAUUAAAGGCAUUCUAGUCGCUAGGGCACUGCCUUAGAGAGCUCUGAAUUUUAUGGGAUUAUACGGUCUUAUCUGCGCCUUGUAUAAGGCAGUUUUGUUGCUGUGUAAAGUUAUGUUUGCAGGAUGAGAGCGUGCCUGGACCAGUGAAUUCAUACCUGGUCAGAUGUAUAAAAAUCAUUACAACAUUUUAGAGUUCUCUUGAUGUUUAAAUAGACACUUCAACAUGCAACAGUGCUCUAUUGAGAAAGCAUAUUGUAAGAUAUAAAUGCCUAUGUUGUCCAUAUUUCCAAUUUUGUCUCCAGGCUGUAUUUGGAACAAAGUGACUUUCUGGAGACGUUUACCUGUGGAGAUGUCAGUGUUGAUAGGUCUUCAGAAUCUGUAACAUGCCAGUCGUUUGAAUUGACCCUUCGAUCUUGUCUGUAUCCUCAUAUUGAUAAGCAGUAUCUACAGUGCUGUGGCAACCUCAUGCAAACCUUAAAGGAGGAUUAUAGGUGAGAAACGGUAAUGUUCACUUACCUGGAAAUGUGCUUAAGCCCCCAAGGAUUUAAAUGGGUAGUUUAAACACCAUUGGCACAACAGCUCUCUGUAGUUAUUAUGCAAAAGAGUCUUAGUGCAUUGCCCCACCAAUUUAUGUUUUUGAACAGUUUCAGCUGCUCAGAGUGCUGGGCUAACAUGGCUCCAAUCCAUCACUCACAGCCUUUCAGUGCCAUUUAAAAUUGUAUGGAUGAUAUUGACGUUUAAACUUGCAUGUUAGCCAAGUGGCAGCAGAGGCCUGGGCUUUAUGAGCAAGGGUGAAGCACACUCUUCCAAACCACAUGAAAACUGACUCAAAUUAGAGAGAAGGCAUCAAAAGAAUUGUUACACCCCCAAAACUAUAAUGAGCUGCUGUUGUUUUGGUGGUCAGUGUCCUUUUAAGGCCACCUCGAAGUUAUGUAGACUUUGUAAACCACUGUUCUUUCCAGCUGCCAUUAUUCUUCAGUUUAAAAUAAAUGUAAUAAAACUUGUGAGAAAAAAGUAGAAGAAUGCAUUGUUGUUGCAGCACUAAUUUUAAAUCACCAGUCUUUAAAGAAAUUUAUAAAAAUAUUAAGAAUGGUGGUAAUUUUUUUAAUUAAAACAUAUUGUAUCUAUUUUAUUAAUUAUUCCCUUUCACGUUACUCUUUAUAAUUUUUUUUUAUUAUUUACUUUAGGUUGGUAGAAUAUUUGCAAGCCAUGAGGAAUUUUUUUCUUCUUGAAGCUGGAGACACUAUGUAUGAUUUCUACACUUCCAUUUUUGAUAAAAUAAGAGAAAAAGAACCAUGGCAAAAUGUAGCUUUUCUGAAUGUUCAGCUCCAGGAGGCAGUUGGUCAGCGAUACCCUGAGGACAGCACACGGUAAAGAGUGCAACCCAAAGACCAUUUAAUCUCACAAAUCCAGUGUAAUUUUGUAUAAUUUAGCAGUGGCAACUAUUAAAGUGUUGUUCACUAAAGUAUGAAUUGUCAGGAAUAAAAAGUGAACUUUACAUAUUUGGCCAAAAUAGCUGAACUGAAACAGUUUACUUGGAUAAUUGUUCCUUAUUGUUCAGUAUGGCUACUGUGUAAUAAAAUUUGGAAACACACAUGCAGGAUUAUUUACUAAAGUGGGAAUGGUCUUGAAUCCAAAGUAAAUUUCAAAUUCCAGUUCAGCUACUUUUGGCCUUAAAUUUGUUUUGAAUAUUUUUAUUGUAUGCAUAACAUAGGUUCAUACGUCAAACUGAUUUGUAACAAAGCAAGUGGUUGUCCACGCAGGGGCUCAAGCAUUGGUUCAACACAGUAUAUAAUUUUGGUUGCCUACACAGAGGCGAAUCCGUCUUAGCUUGUUUAGCUUAUCCUGUUUUACAUAUACAUUUAGUUGCCCGCGUGGAGGCGAAAUUGUCUUGUCUUGUGUUUGUGUUCACAUGUGGUUGCAUUGUGUUUUAUACUCUCAUGUGCCGUGUUGCUAUAUUAUUUCGAUUCUAGCGUUAAGUAAGUGUUUUAUGUUGACAGACAAUGGUUUGACACUGCGUAUACAUUUGGUUGCCUGUGUAUCGGCGAUAUCGUCCUGUCAUGUGUUUGUGUUCGUAUGUGGUUGCUUUAUGUUUUAUACUCUUAUGUACUGUGUUGCCUUAUUAUUUCGAUUGUAGCGUUAAGUAAGUGUUUUAUGUUAUCUGGUGUAUACCAGUGUUGCGUGUGUGCUAAUUGGUAAAUGCAGAUUGUCUCCCAUACAGAGGCAAAUGGAUUAGCUAGCACAAAGAGCAUAUUUGUUUGCAAUUUGUUGCCUUAAUCAAUACUUAAGCUAUUUGGAUAUCAGGUAUGCAGUUAUAGGCGACUGUCCCGACUCUCGUGCGGCAGUCAGUGAAUAAAUAUUUAUCAGUGUCUACCUUUGGCCCUUAUGGGCAUUUUAGCAUUUACUGCACAUUCAAUUGGUAAUUUUGAUACAGCAUCAUGUAAGCGGAAUAGAUGCGGACUGCAUGCAGCUGUUAAAGCAUAGGUUGCGGGCUAUUCCUUAAAAAAAAAAAAAAAAAAAAAAAAUUUUGUUCGCAUUGAACUGGUAUUAACUGAGAACAUGUAUAAAAGCCCCUAAGUAUUCUUUAUAUGUAUCGAAGCUCAGUUGAGAAACUGCUCAAGUGUCCAGAAUUGCACGUGAGCUUGCUUAUAGGUAUAGUCCCGUGGUUGUCAGCGGUGCAUGUUGAGCUGAAUUAUAGAGCUGUAAGCUAUCUGCAUACCGGAUCGGUGCGGUCCCUCAGGGUGUCGGUCUUCCGUCUGUCCACCCCUUGGACUCAGGCCCCCGCGGGGCGCUCUGCGAUGCCGUGGGCACUCGGGGUCCGGGUCAGUCCAUGAGACCCCCCACAAAAGUCCCAGCACUCUCCGUCCCCUGCACCUCCCCAGCGUCGUUUGCGCUGCCAGAUAACAUCUGGGCCCACGAGUCUCACCCGGCGCAGGCCUCACACUUAGAGCCGGUGCGCCUCCUCCCUCCCGGCCACCGGUAAACCGGAGGGGUUCAGAGCCCUCUGGCCCCACAGGACUCACUGCGUCGGGGACAUCCUUCUCCGAGCCACCCAGAAACCCAGAUGCAGGGUCCAGUAUCGUCACCAGGGGGUAGGCCCUCCGGGGUGUCCGUCCGUGGGCCGACAGCCGUCGGGGCCCCUCGAGCCUCAUACAGAAGCCUCCACAUAAAGGUGGGUAGUUCACUUCGUGCGUGCUUGUAUUCCAUCUGCCCUUAUCUGCUGGCGGGCUGUUCCUGGGAGCCUUUGCCAGUGUAGGUGAUCGACCCGCACGGGCCUCCGUCGCCGCGGAGAUCAUCACCAUGUGGCCGGGAUAACCCCCACCGGCCUGGGGGGGGAGCGGGGCCGUGCCGCCCGCCGGGCCCAUCCGUUCAGCUUCGGAUCCAGGUCUCUUUUUCAACGUUUGCCCCGCCGGGCCGCUUCGCCUUUCCUGCCUCCCUCCAUGUGCGGCCGUGUUUGCCAUGUUUGCCUGCUUUUUGCUCUCUUGGUGCGGGAUUGGCCCCAUGUAGGUAUCCUACUGGUGCAGGGUGCGUGCAUUAUCGUUCGGUUACCGGGGUGUCCCCUUUUUGAUGCUGCAUGACCACUUUUGAAGUCGUUUUUUGGGGAUCGUGGGACAGAGCUAAAGCUCAUGGCUGCCAUCCAGCUCGGCGGCCCGGCCCCGCCUGGCCUUAAAUUUGAAACUCAUUUUGGAUUCACUUAACCUAAAAAAUCCUACCUCAAUAAGUAAUCAUUUUAGAAUACACUUUGAAAUCCCUGCAUUUCGCAACGUAGUGAAUGGCCUUAUCUGUACAAUUAUUUAUUUAUAAAAUAUUUUACCAGGAAGGAUACGUUGAGAUGUCCUGGGUCCACAAAACAUUGCAUUGAUACAAUAGGGCACAAUAAAAUACAAAAACAAUAUUAAUACACAUUAAAUACAAAAUUUACCAUAGAACAGGUAGGAAAUAUAUAAUCAACCAUGACACGUGCAUUCUGUUUUGAGGUAUGUAGAUAGAGAUCUCUUAAAGGACUUUACGCUUGGGGAAGAUUUGAAAGUGUGCGGAGGUCGUUCCAUAAUUGCGGUGCUCUGUAAGAAAAAGAGGAUCGGGCCUCUUUCUUUUUGUGUUGAGGUAGACUAAAUAAAGUGCUGGUACUGGAUUGGAGAUUAUAGGAGGUGGGAACAGCCAGGGAGAGCAUUUUGCUCCUAUAAAAGCUCUUAAACACAAGGCUGGAAAGAUGAAGAGCGUGUCGGGAUUCCAGCGGCAGCCAGUUUAGUUCUUUUAGCAUGUCACAAUGGUGGGUCAUGUAAUUGUAGCACAAAUCGGCAGAACGAGUUAUACAAUGUAUUACGUUUAUUAAGGUGGGUUUGCAGUGCAGGUGCAUAUACUACAUUCCCAUAAUUAAUGAUUGUCAUCAGCAUUUGCUGUAUAAUCUUUUCCUUUACUGUAGGGCUUAGGCAGGAUUUGUUUCUGUACAGAGCACCUAGCUUUUCCGUGUUUAAUAUAAUAUUUCUAAUCACAUUUGUGGUAGCUGUAAUUUUAACGUGUGCUUUCUGUGACCUUCCAGUGUAUUACUGCUAUUAAUAAACAGUUUGAAAUGUAAAAUAAGUUAUAAUGCUAUUGAGCUCUGCCGGUUAGAGCAGUGGUAACAUUACUGCAUUAGAACUAUGAAACCCUGGUUCUAAUUCCUCGACCCCUUUCUGUAAUUGUAAAGCACUGCAGAAUGUUGGCACAAUAUAAAUCAUAAUGAUUAUCAUAAUAAUAAGGUGUAUAUUUUAAGUACUUCAUCAAAUACCGAUGGGGUUUGUUUCAUCGACAUGCAUAUAUCCCUUAGGAUGGCACAAACAUUUAUUUUUAUCCUGGUGUAUUAUACUUUCAGUGUUGGGGGUACACAUAUACAGAAAUACACAACACAAUGCCUGGCUUGAGUGAUGGUAUGCCUACACCUAUUUACAUGGUGAGAUAAAUGUCCUUUUAAAUAUAGAAGUUUAAAUCUAUUUUUAGCUUCUGAGGCAUCUGGAAGGAGCGUUCAUAAACGUGGCAUAAAAUGGUUAUUUCAGAUUGAAAAAUCUAGUCUUAAAUGGCUGAUCAAAACCUACAAUUUGUGAUUUACAUUAUAUUGUUUCUUGAUCUUUAAUGUAAAAUGAUGAAUACCUAUGGUAUGCAGCCUCUCACUAGCGUGAUGUUCUUACUCCAUAGCAAGUGUGUGAUCCAGCAGGCAUUUUGGAUAUUUGUAUUAAUACUUACAUUUUUAUCUCUGCAGGUUAUCCAUUUCUUUUGAAAGUGUUGACUUGGCCAAAAAGAAGCUUCCUGUACAUACAUUAGAUGGUCUGAUACUUAGCUACAAGGUAAAUAAGAGCAUGGGUUAAUAAAGAUUGCAUAUUGAUCUCUAUUCAUUGUGACAAUACUGUUUUCUUUCUUUUUAUAUUAGGUUCCGUGGCCAGUUGAUAUUGUAAUAAGUUUAGAGUGUCAAAAGAUUUAUAAUCAGAUCUUUCUUCUCCUGCUGUUGAUUAAGUGGGCUAAAUACAGCUUGGAUGUCUUGCAAUUCAAUGGUAAGAAUAUAUGCAAUGUAACUAAAAUAGCCACACAAGUCUAGACAAAAGCAUAAGAGGUGACAAAGGUCCACAUGAAUAAAAGUUAUUCACUAAAAAGGGGUUUGUGAAGGACUGACAUGGGGGUCGCGGACUUUAUGCCAAACUAGUUGGAUAACCUCAAUUCAGCUAUUUUGGCCUAAAUUUUGUUGAUUUAAUUCAUCCACAAUUCUCAAUUUAAUUAAUAAACUUAAAUGUAUUGCAGUUUUGUUAGGUUUUUGUUUUCUGAAACCUUCUAUAAAAGGUAACAUGUAUGCUGCGUGGUUUUAAAAGCCAAAUUGAUGUAACUUUUAUGGACACAGGAAAAAAAAAGUUACAGAAUAGACAAUUCAAUGUUGAUGAAUAUUGUGACAUUGAGUGUAUAUGUAAUAAGUAUUAAUACGCUCUGACCCAGCAUACCCUUGUGUUUGAAGAGGGCACUAAAAGCAAUGUCUAAAAUUUUGCAAUAACAAAGGGUUAUUUGUUGAAAUCAGAAUGUUAAGAGUUAAAACUGAAUUUGGAAAACAUUUCAAUGUUAACUUUGCUUUCAGUAUUGGCUAUUUUAACCUAAAAUGUGAAUUAUUUAAGUGUAUAUGAGCAGGGAGUUUGAAUGUGUUGACAGGGCAUGUAUUAAAGGUUUGUGAUAGAGACAUUGCCAUUUAGGUGCUUCAAAACCUAAAUAUGAAUCUGCCACUCCAGUGAUCGGAUACAACCUUCUUUUUAUAUUAUGUUGUUUUUUUGUUUUGUUUUUUUAGAACUGGUUAAGGCUGAGGAAAAUGAAUCUUCACCGGGAGGUGUUGAACCACCCCUUCUGAUUUCUGUAACCUCAAUAGAAGAACCCAAAGGGCAACAGAUUCACCGCAUGUUUCUUCUUCGUGUCAAGCUGAUGCACUUUGUUAACAGCUUACAUAACUACAUGAUGACAAGGGUUCGUUACUGAUGGCUUGCUUUUCACUGGAUUUUACUUUAUGAACACACAAACAUACAGACAAGAGCCAAUACCUCUGCUUCAGACAAGAGCCACUAUCUAUGCUUUGAGUCUAAUACCAUCUCUUAUUAAUCAAAAUAACUUUAAAUUAGGUAGCAGAAUAGUAUAUUGAUAAAUCUCAAUUUGCAUAAAACGAAUUCUGAUUAUUGUUCAUUGUGUAAAUUGUCUGUUUUGUAACGCUCAUCUUGUCAAAGCACCAGUGUUUAUUCAUAUAGUUACAUUUUCAAAGGGGUACAACUUUAAAUCUACCUAGGUUACAGUGGAAUAGUUCUGAUUUAAGAGCGGAUUCUCUCUGUAGGACUCCAGUAUUGCUGUUAUCUAGGAAGAUAUUUUGCAAAAUUAAUAAAUUGUGAACAUUUUAAAAGUGACUCAUACCAAGUUGCACAUAUCUUUCUAGUUAAUCAGUGCAUGUCUACCCAACUGUGCAUUUGUAGGACAAAAAUGGAGAUGUAGCAGACCUAUAAGGGACAGAGACUACAUAAAGUAGUUAUUAUUUCUGAUGACUUAAAGGUAGGCAGACAAUGUAAUAGAGCAGCAGGAAAUGCUAGCAGAAUGCUUGGUUGUAUAGGGAGAGGUAUUAGCAGUAGAAAGAGGGAAGUGCUCAUGCCAUUGUACAGAACACUGGUGAGACCUCACUUGGAGUAUUGUACACAGUACUGGAGACCGUAUCUUCAGAAGGAUAUUGAUCCCUUAGAGAGGGUUCAGAGAAGGGCUACUAAACUGGUUCAUGGAUUGUGGGAUAAAACUUACCAGGAAAGGUUAAAGGAUCUUAACAUGUAUAGCUUGGAGGAAAGACGAGACAGGGGGAUAUGAUAGAAACAUUUAAAUAUAUAAAGGGAAUCAACACAGUAAAGGAGGAGACUAUAUUUAAAAGAAGAAAAACUACCACAACAAGAGGACAUAGUCUUAAAUUAGAGGGACAAAGGUUUAAAAAAUAAUAUCAGGAAGUAUUACUUUACUGAGAGGGUAGUGGAUGCAUGGAAUAGCCUUCCAGCUGAAGUGGUAGAGGUUAACACAGUAAAGGAGUUUAAGCAUGCAUGGAUAGGCAUAAGGCUAUCCUAACUAUAAGAUAAGGCUAGGGACUAAUGAAAGUUUUUAGAAAAUUGGGCAGACUAGAUGGGCCGAAUGGUUCUUAUCUGCCGUCACAUUCUAUGUAAAGUAGUAUUGCAUUGGUACAGGGUAAAGAGUAAUGCACUCACAAAAAAUAGAAGCCUAGAAUGGGACCUUCAGAUUUGGGUCAAUAAAACCAUGGUAGAUGAUCAAUUGGGUACAUGAUAUCCCAGAUAACUGAAAAUAAUAAGAUAUAAAUAGUACAGAAUGCUCCAUAAUACAGAAAGUAUAACAUACAUAAAAUCACAGCAUAUGCGAAUUAAAUGUCAAUACGAGUCCAGUGAGAAACAGCACUGACAUCCAACUGUGCAUUUGCAGCUGGGUGAUACAUCCCUUAAGGAACUGGUAGCAUCUCUCAAUGCUUGUUUGUACAAAACUACACUGAGUUUUCUCUGCAUCUCUAUACACCACUUAGUACAGAAAUGUUAUUGCCUUUUAUCAUCUAUGGAGAGGGGUACAUAGUCCACAAGGCUAGCAUGCAAGCUUGGGGGAGGAGGGGACAAUGGACCAUGUUUUAAACUAUGGGGAAAUGUACUGCAUGGCACUAGUUUGUGUUCUCGGUAAGAAUUUGUUAAAGUUACAAGAAAAGCUUCAGUGCCAAUUUUGAUCAGUAGAAAUUUUGCCAAAUCUAGUGUUCCUUCUAGAUCGGUUUCUUUUUCUGUUUUAAAUAUAAUUGGUUUUUAAAUUGGUUUACAUAAUGAUUUUAUACAAUAAUUUUAGAAAUCAAUUCGGAUUGGAAUUUAAAUAGCAUUUUCUCUUUGUGAAACAGAUCCUGCACAGUACUGGUUUAGAGUUUCAGCAUCAGGUGGAGGACGCAAAAGAUCUAGAUCAACUUAUCAAAAUUCACUACAGAUACCUUUCUACCAUUCAUGACCGGUGUCUUUUAAGAGAGAAGGUAUGCCAGUAUGAAUUUGUAGCAGGAUUAUCAACAAUUCAGAAUGUAUUCAUUAAACUGUGCACUUUGCUAAGAACCACAUUUAUAAAUGUAAUUUAAAGGGGCCUAGUUGGAAAUGUAUCCAUUUAAAUUUUUUACACUUGGGUGUUUUGGCUUAAAUUGUUUCUUUGUCUGUUUCACAGUCCUAAUAAUCCCCUAAUAAUGCUUCAAGGCAGAUUGUUAAUUUGCACCUAUUUUUAACCUAUUGGUGAGUUUGCUGUAUAAAGAAAAUCAUGGGGUUUUUUUUGUUCUAUUUUCUAUUCUUAAUAAUAAUAAUAAUAAUAAUAAUAAUUAAUAAUAAUAAAUAUAAUUCCUAUCUUUUUUUUUUUUUUUUGGACAAACAAGAGAAAAGUCAGGGUCUAUCCAAACAUCUAUAAGAUGCAUCUUGUUUAAUUAUCAUGUCAUUAUGUAAUAGACCAGUAGGUGGAUAUAACAUACAUCACUUCUUAUAUGCCAUCUUGAAUGCAUUAACAGUACAUGUCCAGGUAUUUAAGUGGUGCUGACUUUUGAUUCACCUUGAUUUCAUUGUCUGAAAACAAGCAACCUGCUGAACUGCAGAGUAGGCAUACUAUGUCAACUAAUAUGGUUGUUUAUUGACGGAGAAAUUUAAACCAUGUCCUUGACAAAAAAAAAUAUAUUAUAUAAAAUAUAUAGUUUGACUGGAAACUUGAAUUGAAAAAUGGGGGUUAACAUAGCCACAAGUGCAACUUGCUUGGUUAAAAUAGUGUAACAUUUAUGAGAGACAUGGACGCAUGACAAAAGGAGAGAGACAAAUUUUGUUAGUGCCUUCAUGAAGAUGUCUAAAUGUGAAUAAAGGGAUCACUGGGGGCAGCUAGAUGAGAAGGGGAUAAAGAGAACUUGAGCUAGGAAGUAGGAUAAAAAAGUGAGGAUAAUAUUUAAUGUGGGAGAGAAACUGCAUCGGGGUUGUGGGGGGAGGAAAAACUGUGUUAGGGAGAGAUCAGUCUUCUGCUAGUGAGUAGUUAUUGAAGGUUAAGGUAAGGGAUUAUAAUAGGAAUGUUUUAGAAUGUAUUCAGGGAAAUGGUACCGUACACAUUUAUUUAUCCUUGUUUGGUUUUCUCAAAAUAAUUUUUUCUUAAUUUUGAGCAUUUCAAUGGUUUUUCAGAAAGAACAGAAAUUAAAACGAUGUACAUACAUCACUAAGGACACAGUUUGUAUGUUCUCAUCAUGCUUAUAGUAAAGGGAGAGGUUUACAUGCACUACAAACAGUUAAUUAGCCUUGUAAUAGCUAACUAAAUAAUAAAGUUCUGCAAGUUGUCUUGAUUGCUGUCCUUUUAGUAUUUGUGAUGUAAUCCUUUAACGGUAACUUUUUAGGUGAGUUCAGUUAAGGAAGCCAUAAUGAAAGUGAUGAAUGUUGUACUGAUGUUUGCUGAACGCUGGCAUGCUGGAUUAGGAGCAUGGAAGUAAGUAAAACACUGAAAACUUAAAUUCUAUUCACUCCCAAGUUUGCAUGUCUGUGCGUGUAUUGUUUAAUUUAGCUUGGUUUUGUGGUUAUAGUUAACUAAAUGGGUCCUGUGUCUAUGGGGAAGGAAUAUGGUUCAGUAGCUGAAGGUUUACCAGAAGCAGGCUUGCUUCACAAAAACGAAAAGAGGAUCCUGACUCUAAGAAAAUCAUAUUAAAAAUAAAUAAAAAGGAACUGCAACUAUGAUUCAGUAGCCUUGUCUCCAAAAGUUGACAUUGACAAAUCCUUGUGUGAGAGAGCCACUUGAAGAUCUUAGUUACAAAAACACUCACACACACAUACACACACAUACACACACACACACACACACACACACACACACACACACACACACACACACACACACACACACACACACACACACACACACACACACACACAAAAAAAUGAUACUAAAUAGGCAUUGUGACAUAGUUUUACAUUUUCACCAUCAGCAUUUUACUAAUAUAAGAUAUCUCUUGAUAACUUGCUUUUCUUCGUGUUUAACCAUGCUAUGUGAUUCUAAUCUAUGUAUUAUAUGCUGUAAUGCAAUAAGAGUACCAGUCGGAUUAAAUCCUUGCUAGUACUAAGGAGCCCCAGGCAUCAUUAAAUACCUGAGGGUACGCUUUGUCAGGUGAGGCCACAAUUAUUGGCCCCAGACUGCCAGCUAAGCUAUAUGCAGCACUCUAAGUGAGCACUACACAUGCCGUUUAAAUGUCAAGCUUAGCUAUCACUCACAGCCGCAGUAAUUCUGAGUCUCACUCAUGCCAAAAAAAAGCGAGCCACAGGUGUUUUUGAUACAUGAGGGUCCCCACUGCCAGCCAUGCCACUAUUAAUGGCCCCUGACUGACAAAUGAGCUAAGUGCAGCCCUCUAAGUGAGUGCUGCACAUGGCCAUUUAAAUUAAUUGAAAUACCACGGCUGAGCACGUACUUUGAUUUUAAAUUGCACCCAGCAUCAGGGUCUGAAAAGAGGUCUCCUGGCUUGCCCCCUUCCAAGUGGUCUCUCUCUCAUGCUGCAAUCACACAGUACAGAGUGCUUACAGUGUCCUCUACUGUGUGAGCUGGAAAAUCCCUCUGCUGAUGUCAGUAGAGGUAAUCCCUCUGGGUGGGUUUAUGGGGCAGGAUUGGAAGUAGCAUUAUGGGAGUAGUGUGGGUUUGAUUAGGGGAAUGAUUAUACAUGUGGGCUAUCAUUGUAAUAGAGAACACUACCAGAAUACAAAUAUGUUGUGCUUACAGUAGUGGGACACAUGUGAUCUGUGAAUUUACCCAAAAUAAAAUGUGUGGGGAAACAAAUACACUUAACUAUUUUGGCCUUGGUUUAUGACUAAAUGGUUAAAUGAAAAGUGUCAAUAUGCUCUUAGUUAAAUAGCCUGGGGGAUGUAGCUUCUACAAAUGUAUACCUUUGUGGAGCAGGUUUGGAUUAUGUGACUACUAUACAAGUUUUAAUGUCAUCAUGCAAAUUUCAUAGUUUUAGCUUUAAAACGGUAAUUCACUCUGUAAUAUUUAUAUUAGAAAUAAUUUGUAGUAGCUUGCCCUUCAAGUAGUCCCUGUUCAUGUUUCAAAAUUUUCUUUGCUCACUUGUUCCAUUACAAAGAACCUAUACCAUUUGCACAUCAUACUGAUCCCACCAUUAAAGACAGACCAGAACAGAAAUACCGGCAAGUUCUCUUUGCACCAGAGAUACUGCAAGGAUGACAAUCUAGUUUGGUUCUACAAGAAAGAGAAUGUGAUUGGGGAACUAGCAGGUUUUACAGUUUGUGUGUUACUGAGCUGUUAAAGUAGCCAUAAGGAAAAACAAAGCCUAUUCAUUUACUUCCUAUUUGAUCCCAGUACUACUACUACUACUACUAAUAACUUUAGGGAUUUUGUGUAUGCAGUCCCUUUGCAAUAAUUUAGUAAAGUUCCAAUCUGUAAAAAGUAUCUGUGAUCCAAAAGCUUUAGAAAUAUUCUGCAUACUCUAACAUAUAAAGGAUUACUUACUGUUAGUGAGCUUCUUAACAAAGUGUCCUUUAAAGAAACUGUUAUGAAAUGAGAAACGCGUGGCCAGAUAAACCAAGCAUAAGAUAAAUAAGCAGGAUAAUCCAUGCUUACAUAAUGCUGCCCUUCGGGACCAUUUCAUGGUGACUGCAAAGUGUAACAAUUGAAGUGUAUGGAGUUAAUACUGUAAUGUUUUCUUUUUUGAGCAGGUUUAUAUAUGUUUGUUUACUUGCAGGCUGGAAUCUAUUGUAAAGAUGGAAUCUGACUUCACAAAUUGUCACAAAUUUCUUGUGAAAGUAUUAAACAAAGCUGUGUGCAGGGGAUCUUUCCCACACUGUAAGUACAUUCUGUUACCUUAUUCUCUAAAAGGCAAAUUUCUGUUGCUUUAACGGUUGCUGCCAUGUGCAGAGUCAGCAUUGCAAACAUUAGGUGAAAACUUCACACAGAAUAGAUCCACAGAGUCCUAGAAGUAGGAAAUGGCCAAUCUCUCCAACCACAAGAGGUACUGAAACAACAUCAUUCUAGACUGAGUGGGUGUGCAUUGUGUUGGCAUAACAAUGGGAUAUUCACCUGAACAGGGUUAUUCACCAAAGUAUAAAUUCAUACAACAUUACUCUAGUCCUCUGUAUUGUCAGUUCAGAUACUUUUAUAUAAAAUCAUUGUUAAUGUUUGCAGAUUGAGCCCCUGGGAUUAAAUAACUCCCAGCCUCUCUUUAACUCUCAUUUUUAGAACUAUAUUCUGCUACUUACAACCUUGGAUUCUCCCUUUCUCAAGGUACAAGUGAUAUGCUGACUAAAGCUACAAAUGAUAGAUUCCAAUAUAUUGAUCGACAUUGCUUAAGUCCUGAAGAAGAAAGGAAAUUAAAAUUCUUUUUUUAAAACCUGUAUUAUUAGUCCAAUAAAAUAAUCUAAUAAAAAGGUAUCGCUGCAUUUCCCCUGUAACUAGGAGAUGGGAGGAGUGAAGGAGAGCGAAUAAUAAAGGGGCAGGGUUUAGUUGGGAAUAGUGAACUGAUUAGCAGAUUACACCACUAAGCCCACUACUCGUCAGUUCAAUAUUCCCACUCAAACAUUUUUUAUUUUUUUUUAUUUUUUUUUAUUCUAUCGCCUUCCUUCACUUUUGUUUCCAUAUUUAGUCAUGUGAGCCCUUUUUAAAGCUGGUUAACAUUUUAGUUUUUUUAGCACCCUUCACCCGAGUCUCUCACCAUCCCAAUUCUCCUCCAUUAUAGCUAUCUUUUUAACAUAGACAAUUACCACAAAUAUUUUCAGAGAAUUCUCAUUGUUUCACAUGCCUUGUUCUGGUUGUGAAGUAGAGAUCCUGAAAUUAGGUUAAAUACCAAUAAAAUGUCCAGGUCCAAUAGAUAUAAUUGUCCUCAAACUAGAGAAAGAUUUGCACAGAAUGCCUAUUGUUUCAUUAUAUAUUACUGAGGGAACUGCAGCUCCCUUGCCCUUAAAGCAGUAGUCUAGGCACCAUAAACACCUCAGUGGCUUAGAUGCCAGGAAUUUGUCAUGACUUCACCUCACUGUUAAAAGUCCAAUUGGUUUUUGGAUGGUUUGACACUUGCCUUGGUGCCAUUGCUCUGGCCAUUCUUCACAGAUAAUGUGAAAGUUGAACAUUUUCAGUUCUGGUUUUCUUUGGAUUGAAUUAAUUGACUGACACUCCUGGUGUAGUGAUAUUUGUGAAUGCGGCUCGAGAGUGUACACCCAGGGGACCCAGAUAAAUGUCAAACUGUUCGAAAACAGUUUGAUUCUUAAAAGUGGGAUGGUGCCUACUGACAUCAUGACCAUUAUAGCACGCAAUAAUGCUUAGGGUGGUCUUUAACAUUGAACUAAACUUUCCAGAUGUCACACUACAUUAGAAACCUUCAACAACUUUUCUUAUCAUGUGGAAAUGAACAACUACUUCUUUUACCCAAGUAUUUCUUUUUUCUUUUUUUUAUGCUUUCCCCACAGUGGAGUCACUGGCUUUAUCACUAAUGGCUGGCAUGGAGAAGAGCUAGCAAUAGCACGCUAGAUGUUUCUUCCAGGAUUACAUCGGAAGGAAAUAUACACCGGAUGAAAUUAAGCAUUUUAAUUUAUAUUUUUUUUUUCUAUUUUUUUUUUUUUUUUUAACUUGAAAUAUGUACUUCAGGAUGUGCUAUGAAAUACACCGGAUGAAAUUAACCUUUUUUAUGCACUAUAUUAACUUUCACUGUACCUCUGUGUGUACAUAUGUAUUUUUUUUUCUCAUUUUGUAAAGUGCUGUGUUCUAAGAAAUUACUAGCAACUGCAGCAACCAUAUUGUUUUAUGAAGAUCCAUGCAGAUGUGCCUGUGCAGACAGCUAAUUAUCAUGUACAGUUGCAUUAAACUCAAACCAUAUAUA